AAAAAUGGCAAAAGGAGGUGGUCUAACCUACGCUUUAGCCGUUACAAUUCUAACAUGCGCAUUUUCUCUACUUCCCUUUCACCAUACAUUAGUUGCAGCAGCAAUUCCAGAAGAAUUCAAAAUCCGGCAAGUCACUGACGAUCAAAGUCCAACAACCACCGCGCACGGCGGAAGCAACCACCACCUCCUCGGUACUCCCGCCGAGCACCGAUUCAAGUCAUUCAUACAGGAAUACAAUAAAGAGUACAGUACUCGCGAGGAGUACAUACACCGCCUCGGAGUUUUCGUUAAAAAUCUCCUGAAGGCGGCGGAGCACCAGGCUUUGGAUCCUACGGCUGUUCACGGAGUUACGCAGUUUUCCGAUCUGACGUCGGAGGAAUUUGAGAGGAUGUAUAUGGGUGUUAAAGGUGGUGAUCGGAGCUCCUUGUUGGGAGAGGUUGGGUCUCACGCGCCGCCGAUGGAAGUGAAGGAUUUGCCGAAGAGUUUUGAUUGGAGAGAGAAAGGUGCGGUUACUGACGUGAAGAUGCAGGGGUCUUGCGGCUCAUGCUGGGCGUUUAGUACGACUGGAUCCAUUGAAGGAGCCAACUUCAUUGCCACUGGCAAGCUUCUAAAUCUUAGUGAGCAACAGCUUGUAGAUUGUGAUAACACGUGUGAUAAAAAGGACAAAAAGGCUUGUGAUUCCGGGUGCAGGGGAGGCCUAAUGACAAAUGCAUACAAGUACUUAAUCGAAGCAGGAGGAAUAGAAGAGGAAGAUUCAUAUCCAUAUACCGGUAAACGUGGCGAAUGCAAGUUUUGCCCAGACAAAGUCGCGGUAAAAGUCUCCAAUUUCACCAAUAUUCCCAUCGACGAACAACAAAUCGCUGCUUAUUUAGUCAAUCACGGACCUCUCGCAGUCGGGUUGAAUGCGGUGUUUAUGCAAACGUACAUAGGAGGUGUCUCCUGCCCGUUAAUAUGCGGAAAGAGGUGGGUUAACCAUGGCGUAUUGCUAGUCGGUUAUGGCUCAAAGGGGUUCUCGAUUCUGCGUUUGAGCAACCAGCCAUACUGGGUAAUAAAGAACUCGUGGGGGAAGCGAUGGGGCGAAAACGGGUACUACAAGCUUUGUAGAGGACAUGGGAUGUGUGGAAUGAACACAAUGGUUUCUGCUGUUAUGACCCAAACCUCCUAAGAAGAUAAAUUAAGCUAGCUUAGUCUAUAGUCUCUCUACUCCUAAACUCUUUCAAGUUAAAAUAAAUUUGUAUUAAAGUUCUUAAAACUUUAGGUACAUGUAUUAUGAAGCCCUUUUUUU